UCAUUUCCAAAAAUCCUAAGUUCAACUCACCAAUUACACUUAUAUAAGCAGCUACUCACAAAAGAACCCUAUAUCCACUUCUUCUUCGUCUUCUUCUUUAGAGCCAUGAGUUACGAACCAAACACGGCCUUAAAUCUAAGCUUAUCAAGAAAUGAACUUAGCUUUGACCUUUUAUUCGAUCAAUCUUCAUCUUCUUCCUCAUCAUCGCCGUUAAGUCCAGCCGAUCAGCCGCGUGUUUUCUCGUGCAACUAUUGUAGAAGAAAGUUCUAUAGCUCACAAGCCCUAGGAGGGCACCAAAAUGCCCAUAAACUUGAAAGAACCCUAGCCAAGAAAAGCCGGGAGCUGAGUUCGUCCCUGCGCCCUCAUUCCGGUUGGUCAACUAACCGGAACAGUGGCUCGGACCCUACUAGCCCGAGCCACGGUCAUCAUGGACAUGUGGCUAGGUUUGUUACUACUGAAUUGAGCUAUGGAAGAAGAGAGUUAAUGAGUUAUGGCUCUAGAAAAAAUGGUGAGAAUGUUGUUCAAGAGGAUUUUGGCCAGCUUGAUUUGUCUCUAAGGCUUUGAUAUCACUACUUUUUUUUAAAUCCUUUUUAUUGGUUAUAUUUUAUUUUUACAUCAAGAAAUUGUUGUAAUUUUAGCAGCGUCCUUUUGACCCUACUUUCAGGUGGUUUUCUACUCUGAUAAGGUUCUUAUUAACAAAAGGAUGAGAAAUCUAUAAUAUUAAUUGAAAAAAAUUUAAAAGGUCUCU